UAUAAUGUAAAGUUUACCUUCACUCCAUAGAUUGAAGCGUUUUACAACAGAUGAAAAAAAUUGGAUUCAUUCACUUAUAUAUCUUUCAACUGUCAUUAUUGACUCGCUUAGAAAACGAAUGUUACAAUCGUUCUGCUUGAGGACAGCGGAUAAUUAGAUUACAGGACAUAAUAAUUAACUUAAGAAGUUGUUGCUAUUUUGCAAAUAAGGACGCCAACAAUUAAACCAGGGAAAGAAAAUGGCGACUGUUGCCUUUCGCUAUGGAAUGGGGGCCUGUCUGGCACUGAUUGGUCUUCUGUCGGUUAUUUUGAACUGUAUCCUGUUCUUUACCUGUGUGAAGAGGAAACGUCUGAGAAAGCCCCCUCAGUUUUUUCUGAUUUCUCUGGCCGUGGUGGACAUUUUGGCCGUUCUUGGAUGGUUGUCUUUGACCGUCGUUUCCUUGUUUAACGAUGGAUGGAUUUUACCUUCCUGGGUCUGUAAAGCUCAGGAAUACUUUAUGUCUUUCUGGUUGUUCCUGAACACUCACUCAUUCGUUCUACUGGCUUUUGACAGAUGCCUUUUAUUUGUGAGACCAUCCAAACAUAGUGAAAUCUUCAUCGACACCGUGGUUUUCAUUAUGAUCCUGGCUCUGUGGUUCUUUGAUGGACUCCUCUCGGCUUUCCCGUACUUUGGAUGGGGAACAGUUAGCUAUUUCUCAAAUCAAUUUCAGUGCGCCAUGAAUCACGAGAAAAACAUAAGGGAGACAAAUUUUGUGACGGCCAUGUGCUUUGGGAUCCCAAUUACUCUUUGUAUGGGAAUGUAUCUUUUUAUUUUCAUAAUGAUUCGAAAAAUUAAGAAACAAGAAGAUGACAAUGGGGCGCUUAUAGUGGAGAGAAAUAGGAAUGCAAUCGGUGAUUCCUACUCUCAGAGGCUCCGCAACCUCCAAUACAAAUUCCAGAACGCGGGAACCAGAGCAAUCAAACCCAACAUCGGGAAAAAAUUCACAUACACCGAGGACGGGUACAUCCAUGAUGAUUCGUCCGAUGAUGAAAACACCAAUGAUGUCCAAAAGGGAAUCGAAAAGCAAAAGGUUCAACAGAAGAAGGUAUAUCACAUGGCUAAAAAUGACACUUUGCUCACAAAAACCUACGUCAUUAUGACGUUUUCAACAUUUUUUCUCUGGCUUCCAUAUGUUGUUGUUACGUAUAUUUUUCUUAAGGAUAGAUUCGCAAAUAUCAGUGACGAGUUGGUUUUUGUGGUCAUCUUUUUGUGCCACUGUACUACGCUUAUAAAACCUGUGGUUUAUGUAACAUACAAUAGCCACUUCAGAAAACACGUAGUAAAAUUGUUUCGUCGAAAAAGAAACAAACAAAUUGACAGUAACGCCAGUAACUCACAGACGGAUGGACAAGGUUAUGAUAAUGUAGCAAUGCAACAAUAAGUAUUUCUUAAUGCAAAUGCAUUUUUUAAAAAUUUUAACAAAGUUGUGCUUCUUUAUACAUAUACUGCAUUUUUAUAUCACGUCACAGUCUUAUACAAAUCUUGUGUGAGUUAGAUGAAACUUGUGAUUGUUAUUUAAAUCCUGGAGACUGUUAUUCGAACUCUUAUGAUUUAUAUUUAUAAACUUUUGGUUUAUAUUUAAUUAUCUUGUUAUUCAUAUGCAAUAAUCAUUGUGAA